AACAAUUAUUGAAAAACAGCUAGGAUUGUUUUCCUCAAAUCCAUAUUAGCGGAACGCUCUUUUUAAAGUUUAUUUAGUUCAACUCGUGAAUAGACAUAACACACAUCUUCGUUUUCAUUACAAUUUCUAUUUGGCUUUUUGCGCACAAAUCUACAAUGGAAUUGGUCUGGUUGAUGUUCAUUGCAGUGAGUGUCGGCGCUUGGUUCGUGUCCGCGGAGAGGCAUAGCGUAUUUUGGAAUAGCACAAAUCCCAAGUUCCUGUGGGAGGAGUACACGGUGGAGGUGCGCAUUAACGACUACCUGGACAUCGUGUGCCCCCACUACCAGCGCGGCGAGGUGCCUUCCCAGGAGGCCGAGCGCUACGUGCUGUACAUGGUGGAGCGGGAGGACUACGAGGCCUGCCGCUCGCAGUCCGUCAGCCAGCUUCGCUGGGAGUGCGCCCGCCCCUUCGCCCCCCACGCCCCCGAGAAGUUCUCCGAGAAGUUCCAGCGCUUCACUCCCUUCACCCUCGGCAAGGAGUUCCGGCAGGGAGAGAGCUACUACUACAUCUCCAAACCCCUCCACCACCACGGGCAGGAAUGCAUGCGACUGAAGGUGACCGUCGUUGGGCCUAAAGGGUCGGAGGAAACCAAGGUGCGCGGAGGACCCGAAGGAGGAACAGGUGGAGGAGGAGUGCACGUUUCAUCCAACAGACUUCCUGCAGAUGACCCUGCAGUGAAUUCUCCAGAAGUGCAGAAAAGUGUGGGAACAGGUUCUGCAGUGCAGCUGGCUUCAAUGUCUGCCCUUUUGACAUUGGUACCAGUCUUGCUGUCAUUAUUAUUGCAAUGAAAUUGCGAAAAAAAGAACUACAAAUCCCAGAGACAUUUUACAGGGAAAAUGGACUACAUUGACGGAGGUCUGUGGUGGACCUGGCAAUGCAUAAACAAUCUUCAAGGCCAAUGCUGGACAUUGGUGAAGUGGAGUGGAAAAAAGCUUUUUUUUUUAAAAAGACACAUUUUUUUAUACAAGUGUGAACAGAAUGUUUUGUCGUGUGAUUUGAGUUGCGUUUUGUGAGAUUGAAUGGAUUCUUUUUUUUAAAAAGGACAUCAGUGUAUUUUCUUGGAAGGAUCUCUUAUUUUUCCCGUGUUUUUAAGUGGAUAAUUUCCCCCUUUGCCCUCUCUUUUUAUUCUUGUUGCUUGGACUAAGCUGGAACUAAACUCAAACUCAAAAGAAUGAACUGGAGAAAAUAACUGGAAUAA